AGCCGUGAACGCGUACACUCGUAUCUUCUCCUCUCUAGCUGCUUGUGUCGCGAUGGAAGUCCUGGAUUUAUCUGAAGAAACUAUUCAAGGACACUUAAAAGUAACACAAUUGACGACAUUUUGGGUAAAAGCGAGUUUUAAAAAGUGUUCGUGAUGGGUAAUGGCGUUGGGGGCAAGACGAGGGGUACGAAUGUGUUGUCCGGCUAGCUUUGGACUUCUACCGGCUUCGUUAGCCUUGGGAAGCUAGUUAGCUAGCUAGCUGUUAGACCUUUCUAGAACCUUCAUGGGACUAAAGUGUGUCAAUUAGAGAACACAAUGACGUAUUGUGACACCCUUGUAGCGGUUAAAACUAACCGGCGCGGACGGUAGUGGCGCCAAUAGUUAUGAGCAGCAUUAGCUCCACGUUUAGUCAGACUUUACACAGCGAUGCUAAUAACUGCCCCCAAGUGGGGGUGACAACGGCUGACAACAACAACAUAAAGUGGGACUUUGGUGGCUGUGAGUACUGUCACGACAUGAGCCCCAUGGACGAUGCCGUGCAGCCCGGAAUGUCGUCGGUCCAACCCGGACUGGACGCACCCCACCUGGAACUGGACCUGAACGAGGACGGGAUCCUGCUGGACUUCCCCCCAGCCGCCUACAUCGACGGUGGUGGUGGCGACACCGUGGAGUGCGGCGAUGGCGACGCGGCGGUGGUGGGCCCGCUGUUCGAGAGGAGGAAGCGGUCUCGGUCCAACAGCUCCAAGCACCACUUUAGCGACGUGGUGGUGGAGCUCGGUCCGGAGGAAGUUCGAUGGUUCUACAAGGAGGACAAGAAAACAUGGAAGCCAUUUGUGGGACAUGACUCUCUUAACAUUGAGCUAAUGUUUCGGAAAUACUGGGAGUUGAACCCCGUUGCAGCGAGCACCCAGGCUGACUGUGAGGAGGCAAAUAGCGGUGAUGCCGCGGUGGAAGAGAAUGGAGGAGUACCGGUGCAGACGAGGACCAGUAGCGUCUCUUUGGAGACAUCCACCAACAGCAUGGAUCAGAGGGACCCUGACAGCACUGACGUCAAUGUGGAGCCGGUUUGUGUGCGGGGAGGACUUUAUGAGGUGGAUGUCAGAGAGAGGGAAUGCUACCCUGUUUACUGGAUGCCGCAAGACCACAUCCCGGUGAUGAGAGGCCAGUGGUUCAUCGACGGCACCUGGCUUCCUUUAGAGGAGGACGAGAGUGACCUCAUCGAGCGCGAGCACCUGAGCCACUUCCGCGGGCAGCAGACACAAGACACCUUUGAGACCGAUUUGGUCGUCCGGACCGUCGACAGUAAAGAUGUUCUCUCCCACCUGCCCCCUUUCUACCUCCCCUUUCUGUUCAAAUGGAGUGGAUAUCAGACGAGUGCUAAAGCAACAUGUCACAAGCGCAAACGCUGCCAAGCCAUCCACAGCCUGAAGCUGAGUCGGACCCAUGUGGACUGGCACAGCGUGGAUGAAGUCUACCUCUACAGUGACGCCACCACCUCCAAAAUUGCUCGCACUGUGACGCAGAAACUUGGUUUCUCCAAAGCCUCCAGUAGCGGAACGCGGCUUCAUAGAGGUUACGUUGAGGAGGCCUCUCCAGAGGACAGACCCCCUCAGACGACGCACAUUGUCUUCGUGGUCCAUGGGAUCGGACAGAAGAUGGACCAGGGGCGCAUUAUCAAAAAUACUGGAAUGUUGAGGGAGGGUGUCAGGAAGAUGGAGGAGAAGCACUUUGCGGAGCACAACCAUGAGCAUGUGGAGUUUCUGCCUGUCGAGUGGCGCUCCAAACUGGCCCUGGAUGGAGAUACGGUAGACUCCAUCACACCAGACAAACUCAGAGGCCUGAGAGACCUUCUCAACAGCAGUGCCAUGGACAUCAUGUAUUACAACAGUCCACUUUACCGAGAUGAGAUCACCAAGGGGCUAACACAGGAGCUGAACAGACUCUACUCUCUCUUUUGCUGCCGCAACCCCGAGUUCGAGGAGAGGGGAGGCAAAGUCUCUAUUGUAUCCCACUCUCUCGGCUGCGUCAUUACCUAUGACAUCAUGACCGGCUGGGAUCCCGUACGCUUCUGCCUGCAGGAGCACCAUGCCGUGGAGGAGGAGCUGGACCUGCAGUGGAUGUCCUACGAGGAGAGGCAUCUCCUAGAGCAACUGCGGUACACUAGAAAUAGAUUACGUGAGCUGGAAAAUCAGCUGUUGGCACUUGAAGCCUCUAAACCGUCAGCACCUCCAGCACUCAAGUUUAAGGUAGAGAACUUCUUCUGCAUGGGUUCUCCUCUUGCGGUCUUUUUGGCGCUGAGAGGGAUCCGUCCUGGUACCAGCUGCCACCAGGACCACAUACUGCCCACUUCUAUCUGCAGCAGGCUCUUCAACGUUUUCCAUCCGACAGAUCCUGUGGCCUAUAGACUGGAACCCCUCAUCCUCAAACAUUACAACAAUAUCGCACCUGUCCAAAUACACUGGUGUAGCGCCACCAACCCGACCCCUUACGAUGAGAUGCGACCCACUUUCCUAAACCUUGUUAAAGAGCCCACAUCUGACACAGAGAGCAUCCCCAGCCCAAGCACUUCUCCCGUCCUGCCACGCAGACACUACGGAGAGUCCAUCACCAACUUAGGCAAGGCCAGCAUAUUGGGAGCGGCAAGUAUCGGGAAGGGCAUCGGCGGCAUCCUCUUCUCUCGUUUCUCACGCUCCAACAGCCAACCCUCCGUCUCCAUAGCGCUGGACGGCGGGGCCAACCCUGAAGACGAGGAGCAGAAGCGAACAGAGAGCCAGUCGGCGUACGGCCUCUCCACCAUGGCCCGGCCCACCUCGCCCACCACUGACACAUCACUGGAGCUUGAACGCCGCGUCGACUUUGAGCUGCGGGAAGGUCUAGUGGAAAGUCGUUACUGGUCCGCUGUGACCUCGCACACGGGCUACUGGUGCUCACAUGACAUAGCGCUAUUCCUGUUGACCUUCAUAUACGGGCGGAGGAAGACGCCCUCUGACCCAGAAGAAGAUAUCCCCGAGCCUGACUGAAAACCAUUUUUAAGAUUUAGAAAGUUUUUAUUUUUUAUGCACACAGAUAUUUUUCCUAUGAUCCACCUUUAUGAACACUUGGGAAUCGCGACUCUGUAGUUUCAUUCCAGUUUUUUAAAUUUAAUUUUGUGUAGUUCAGUGCAGUAUCUCACCUAAACUAAGGGACUUAAACGACAGCAAGCAUAGCUAGUAUGACUACUGGUUCAUUCAUCAUAGCUUGGACACAGUCUGGAGCCUUCAUGACACAGCUGCCUGUUGCUCCUCCAUGAGAGCAGAUAGUGUUUGGGUUUUUUUGCCUUUUCAAACCAGCCAAACAUUGUGAUACAAACAUUAGGGCAUUUUAAUCCGCAGUAUUUGCAAGUACUGUAUGAGGAAUCUUCAUAUGCACGAAACUUUAGAAGAGACUGCAGCCUAAAAUUCACAAGAAGAACACGUGUCAGCCCUUUAAAGGAAGCAUGGCCAGUUAUCAAAUGAUACACAGUAUAGCAAAAACACUCCCAGAUCCCUUGUUUUGUUCAGUAUUGAACAUUUCAGCAGCGUUCUCUUGAAAUGCCACAGUAAAUGUCAGCUUUACAGAUGCCACCUAAGAGGCACAGCGGGGGAAAAUGGGAGGCAUCUGUUGGAGGACUUAUUGAAAUGUACACUGUGUCUACUGGCGCAAAGGCCACUAUUUAGUAGGGGUGUCCCGAUACAACUUUUUCACUUCCGAUACGAUACCGAUAUUGCAGCUUACCGAUGUCAUUCCGCUUCAAUAUCAGCACGAAUCUUAUAUACUGUAUUUUCCGGAGUAUAAGAUGCAUCAGUCAAAAAAUGCAUAAUGAAGAAGAAAAAUGUAAGCCUUACUGGAGUAUAAGUCCAAAUUGUCCAUAGUUAUGAAUGUGAGUGUGAAUCUGUAUGUGCCCUGCAACUGACAGGCGAGCAGUCCAGGGUGUACACUGCCUCUCGCCCAAAGUUAGCUGGGAUAGGCUCCAGCAUAGCUCCGUGGCCCUCGUAAGGACAAGCCGCACAGAGAAUGGAUGGAUUAAAGUCACAUUGACCAGUAUUUAUGAUGGAGCUCAUCAGAGCGAGCUUUUUAUUUAGGAGGGUCGUAGCACCGCUCCUAACAACAUUAUAUACACAUAGACAAGAAGACAAAGCCAGAGGGAAGGGGUAAUAUUUACACCAACAAGGAGACAAACAGAAGCUACAGAAGCUGUAAUAAGUCAUUUCUAAGUAUACGGAUACAGUGCCUGUUUAAUAAAUGUCUGAAUGUUCUCAAAGAAGACACUUUUAAUACAUGGCAUUAAGCCUGGACGUCGGUGUGUAGAAACGUAUCAAACAGCCGUAUUUCAACACCAAAACUUAAUUUUUGUAUUCACAAAUGAAUUAAAAUAGACUCUGUAUUUAGUCAGUGGCUGACACAGCAGCUACAUUCUCCAAGCUAGACAUAAUUAGUGUCCUAAUUAAACAACAUCGCUGUCUAAAAUAUCACAUUUCGUAAUUCUCACAGAUAUCAUAAUUAUAGGUACACAUUACAUACAGACACAUAGUCUCCGAGGCAUAGUAGAAAGUAUUCCGUAACAAAAGGCGUUCCAGUAUGCUAUGUAUCAUUCAGUUUGUGUGCCUAUCUGCGGUGGCACAAGAGCAACUCAA